UUCCUCUCGCGCUCCACUCACACUCACUCACUCGCUCUCACAAACACUCGCGCGCAGCGCGCAGCUACAGCUACAGCUAAAGUGCAGGAGCGAAGGAGAAACAAACGCUCGCGCUCCGAAUCGGUCCGUCCGCGAGGCGAGGAAGGAGCGAAGGAGGAAGGAGAGCAAGAAAGACAAGGAGGAGAGAAAGAGAGAAGAGCGCGCGGAGGAGGAGGAGGAGGAGGAUGGAGAGUUUGGGCUUUUUAUCGCUGGUUCUCCUCGCAGUCCGGGCAGCUCACAGUCACCUCCAUUCCGAAUGCUACACGGUGAACGGAGAGGACUACAGGGGGCGCCAGAACCUGACGAGUCUGCAGGGAGGAAAACCGUGUCUGUUCUGGAACGAGACCUUUGAGCAUCCAUACAACACCGUCAAAUACCCGAACGGAGAGGGAGGACUGGGCGCUCACAACUUCUGCAGGAAUCCUGAUGGGGACGUGCGUCCGUGGUGUUAUAUCGCGGAUCAGGAGGACGGGAUUUACUGGAAGUUCUGUGAGAUUCCGAGCUGUCAGAUGCCGGGUAUUCUGGGAUGUUUUAAGGACAAUGGUCACCCCCCACCGCUGGCCGAGAGCUAUCAGACCUCACAGACUCUCACCAUCCAGAACUGCAUCAGCUUCUGCCGCAACCAGAGAUACAAGCUCGCCGGGAUGGAGUCGGGCUAUGCCUGUUUCUGUGGCAACGACCUUGACUACCAUCUCCAUCUCCCCAGUUUGGAGUGUAGCCAUGUGUGUUUUGGGGACCAGCAGCAGCCCUGCGGCGGAGACGGACACGUCAUCGUCUUCGACACCAAAGUGGGAGCCUGUGGUGGAAACUACACGUCUCAGUCGGCCGUCAUCUACUCACCGGACUUUCCAGACAAGUAUGCGGCUGGACGGGUCUGCUACUGGACCAUCCAGGUUCCGGGCGCUUCGUUCAUUCUCUUCAACUUCACCUUCUUCAGCAUCAUGGACCAGGCCGACAUGGUGGAGCUCCUGGAUGGUUACACUAAUCAGGUGGUGGCGAGAUUCGAUGGCCGAAAUCCGCCACGGGAAAUCGUCAACAUCACCGUUGACUUCGUCAUCCUGUACUUUUACUCGGACAGGACGAACCAGGCUCAGGGGUUCUCCAUGAUCUACCAAGCUUUCAGAGUUCAGGACAGCAGAGCUGCUGAAGAUGAAGAUGAUGAUGAUGAUGGAGCCGCCAGCACUGUGGAGCCGUGGUCCAGCAGCACGACGGAGAAAACCAACAGCACCCAGAACGAGAAGACGUCCCAGAUCCUCGUCAUCACGUCCAGCCCCGGGAAAGUGCAGAACGACAUGCCAGGUCAGUGGCUCGGACGCGGCCGGACACCGGGCCACAGCACCAUGUGGACCAUCUACGCUCUCGCCGCUCUGCUAACGCUAACUGUCUUAGCCAUGGUGGCCAAACUGCUUCUGCACGUCACAGUAAAAUCUCCCACCAUCCCCUCCAUCAGCGGGUCGGAGUCGUGCGCUCAGAGUGCUUCUUCUGAGCCCUGGAUCAUCCUGUACAGACCCUCCACCAUCUCCCUCUUCAAGAAGAAGCUGAAGAACCACCACGGGGACCUCAGCCCGCUAGUGGGGAACUAACCACCGCUCUGCUGGUGGGGAACUGACCACCGCUCUGCUGGUGGGGAACUGACCACCGCUCUGCUGGGAGCUGCUGGAGGCCUUUGCAGAUCACUCACAGAUACUUACAUACUCUCACUCACAGGCUGUGUGGAACACUGACCCCUCAUGGGGGUCCGACGGACCCCUUACUGACUGGUGUGGUCAUCUAAAACCAAAGCGCUUGAGCGCUGGCUGAGGAACUGGACAUCAAAAGUUGGAUGCGUUUGGUCACUGAAAUUACUGUCGGUUUGCGUCUCGGCCAGACGUACGAUUUGAUGGCGGCGAUUCCAAAGGGAAUCUGAUUGGUGGAGGCGUGUUAGAGGUGUGGCCGGCAGUGGACAAUGAGGAAGCAUCACUGACCCGUCAAUAAAUACUGCCUGAAGAUGACUGGACACCAAGGCUUUUCUCAGCUGUGGACACAAAAAGACCAACGAAAGUCACUGAGCAGCAGAGAAAACAUAAAACAGCUGCCGCUUUUCUCAGUUGUGGACCUAAAAAGACAAAAUAGAAGUCUUUGGUGUUUUCGGGGUUUUUCUGCUGUUUUUUGGAGCAAAAAGCUCGGAUAAGAAUCUGUGUUCGAUUGAGGGUCCGACUGUGGAACAAACGCCCCGAAACCCGUAACCACAGUAACACGGAUGCGGUCAGACUCACUGGGACAGAAGCGCAGCUCAGUUUCAGAGCUGUUUUGCUGUCCCUUAUGUAGGUCAGCGAGCAGAACGGUGGAGAACGUGUGGGAGAAUAACAGAUCCUGAUCUCAGAGCGAACGACCACAAAACAGCAAACAAUAACAACAACAAACAAACGAAGAAACAAACAGAAGCCCAGACGGUCUGUGGAGGGAAAUCUGUCACUGCUGCGGCUCAGAAACAAAGACAAACUGGAUUCUUUCAGGAACCUCUUUAAAACGUUUUUCACUCGUUUGUUUCUUUUUUAUCUGUUGGGUUUUGAUCUGUGUUUGUCUUCCUCUUCCUGUGUGUGUCUGUAAGUGCCUUAAGGGGUGGAAAGUCUUUAUUUUUCUCUUUUAUUUUUCGUUUUUUACCCUGUGGAUCUGUCACUGUGUCCGUAACGUCUUUAAUCUUGGUUAGCGUAGUGUUUAGAAAUGAGGUCGGGGAUUUUUUUUGUGCUAAAAUCAGCUCUGAGUCUGCUGUUCCGGUCGGUUCCGCAGAGAGAGCCACUGAAAUGUGUUGAGCAACGUUCCUGAUGAAAAGCGCUUCCACUUCAUCACCACAGCGAGAAAUUCUUCCAAAACAAUCCGCUCUUUCUCCUCCUCCUGUUCCACACACAGCGCUCCGAUUCCAAAGCACUUCCUCAGAUUCAGUGCAGGUUCACUGCGGCUCUUCAUGGGUUAAAGCGAUACUUCAGCAACAAAACACACCCUCCCCCCGUUUAAUCCCCCCAAACCAGAUCCUCGUUUUCCCCUUUUACUCCCAAUAUAGUCCUUCAGCCAAGACGCAUUUACAGUCUGACGUUUACUUAUUUAGUUUUAGCACCAGAGCUAAAUCAUGCUAGUUUUGGUUUUGGCACCAGAGCUAAACGAUAUUCGUUUUAGUUUUAUCAGCUGAGCUAAACAAAGUUUAGUUUUAGCUGUGGAGGCUAAAAACUAUUUUAGUGCACUGAGAUUUAUAUUCACUUUCAGAACGAAAUGCAGACAUUAUGUGUGAAAUAUCGGCCAAAUCUAAACAUCUAAACCUGACGCAGGUCGUUUUUAUGCAGUUUUCUGCUGAUAUCGACGUGAUUCUGAUGUGACUGUGCAUCUCUAAUCGUGAUGUUUUAGUGAGUGUCUGUUUUAAACACAGCUCAGUGCUGCAGGAAGGGUUUGUGUGGUUCGGCUGGAUCUCUGGAGUCACUGUUGCACACAGAACAUGCAGAUGUGGAGCAGCUUCAGGAGGCGUUCAGUGUAAACUGGCCUUCAGCUACAUCAACCUCCAAACACGCCUGACUGACUGACUGCAUUAGGAAAAGGGGGAAGUGAGGGAAUCUGGUUUCGUGCUAAACUGUCGCUUUAAAUUCACUGCCAGCAGCCAGAACUGAGGGUUCUCUAUAAAGAACAGUGAAGGAACCUCUUUAGGGUUCUGAUAUGUUCUGUGUUGUGUGAGCUGCAGUUCGUCAGGUCAGUCCAGUGAGUAACUGGCCAAUCAGAUCAGAUUUACAUCCAGCAGAGAGGUCAGUAGAGGAGGAGAGUGGUCAGAGCGCCCCCUGCUGGUUAUGUUCAGAACAUAGGUUAAUAAUGAGUUUUAGGUGCUGCAGAUCCAUAAAGUGCCGUUUCGCACCCCCCUUCAGUUAUGUGUGACACUGUAUCAGUGAUCCAACAGUGUAAAAGACAGAAAUACAAUGUUUACGAGUGUUUCUGCGAAACAGACGACAAACUCAUUAUGAUGUCACUGUCACUCGUCCCACAAAGCAGUGCCGUCACCGAGCUGUGGGUCCUGUAGUUCAAUUAUAUUUUACUCUCACACGGUUUUUCAGCUCUGCAUGAAUAUUUUAUACGACGUUAUAUUGUUUUCAUUGCUGAAAUCCACCUGAAAGUGAAUUUUAAUUUGUUAUUAAAAUUUAAAUAAUUUUUUUUUCCCAAUGGGGAAAUGGAGUUUUGAACACAGCCAGGAGAGGGCGCAGUUCUGCACGUACCCUAUUCUCUUAUUCCAUCCCAUAAUACAGUGAUGAGUUUUUAAUCAUCCUGAACUGUAACUUAUCCAAAAACAUCCACCAUUUCUCCCAGAAAUGCAGUGAAAACUGUGAAUAUCUCAGAGCACUUAAACUGAAACGAGCUGAACGCGUCCACAGUUCAGAGUUAUGAAGCUCUUACAUGUUAAACAUGUUAAAGGAAGUUAACAGUCAUUUAAAAAGAGCAGCAUUAAUUAUAAUAAAAGCUUAUAAUCAGGAAAAAACACAAACUCAUCUCUGAACUUAAAGGAGAAGCUCAACCAAACGUGCUAAGAAGCUAACAACGAGAAGAAGCUGCUCACCGGCAAUUGAUGUCAUUUAAAUAAUGCUAAUCGUGGCUAUUCCCUUUCACUCAGUAUUAGCAACAUUAGUGUUUUGGACUGACCUCAUCUAUUGUUUUAAGGUGUGCAGCAUUUUGUGUAUUGAAAAUAAAAAUAACAAUAAUAAUAAGAAAUAAUAAUUAUUACGUGUAAUAAUAAUGGAAACUUGAUACAAUAGUAACGAAAAAAGAACAAAAACUCUUUCACUGAAUUAUUAUUAUUAUUAUUAUUAUCAUUAUUAUUAUUAUGAAUGGAAACAAUUCAGCAAUAGUUAUUCAAGACCACAUUUGUUUUAAUUACGUUUUUUUUUGUUUUAAUAUUUAGUACAAUUUUAUUACAAUUUAUACUCAGUUGUGACUGUUUUACUCAUUUCAAACAGGUUUGUUUUGACUCAGUUCUGUAAAAAUAAAACCCCCAAAUCCCUGAAAUAAUAAUAAUAAUAAUAAUAAAAAUAACAAUAAUAAUAAUAAUAAUAGUAAUAAUGCAAGCUUACUCUUGAGCUCUUGCCACAUUAUUCUGUUGCUUGUUUUUAUCAUUUCUGUAACUGUAAAUGAUGUAUUUUAUGUGUGGUGUGUAAUCAGAGAGGAGGUCUGAGAUGACCAGCUGCAGAACGAUGGAAAGUCCGUUCUGUACGCUGACCCCUGCCCAACCCCCCACCCCAAACCCCCCUGUCACGCUGGGUCUUCCAGUAAUGCUCUGCUUCUUCCUGUCUGAAGUGAAUGUGCAGUCUGAGAUAAUCACAGCUCAUUAUACACAAUCACAUCCGAUCAGAACCAGCAGAGAACAAACAGAGAACCGCAGAACACUGCAGAGCACUAACACCACAGAACACUACACACACAUCUACAUCACCAAAUAUCACCAUACAUACAUCACCAUACAUACAUCACCAAACGUCAACAAACAUACAUCACCAUACAUAACCAAACAUCACUGUUCAUAACCAUACAUAUAUCACCAUACAUAUAUCACCGAAUAUCACCAUACAUCACCAUACAUACAUCACCAUACAUACAUCACCAUACAUACAUCACCAAACGUCAACAAACAUACAUCACCAAACAUCACUGUACAUAACUAUACAUAUAUCACCAUACAUAUACCACCGAAUAUCACCAUACAUCACCAUACAUACAUCACGAUACAUGUAUCACCAAACAUCAACAAACAUACAUCACCAUACAUCACUGUACAUAACCAUACAUAUAUUAUCAUGCAUAUAUUACCAUACAUCAUCACUGUACAUCACCGUAUGUCUGACUGUUCUCUGAGAACCGUCAGUGUAGAACCCCCCCAGAUUCAGAUGAGGGCACUUUCAGGGACAAAAUAAAGGAAACAGGAGAAAGAUGUUUUCAUUAAAUUGUAAAUAAAAUAGUGAGAUUUUAAUUUAUACAGUAAAUUAUUGUUACUUUAAAUGGGACAUAAUCUAUCUUUUGUAUAAGUGAAGUACGGUUCUAGUUUUUAUUUAAUGUGUUCUGACUGCAGAAAUAAAUAUGCAUGUUUCUUA